AUGAGUAAUGAAAAUGAAUUAUCAGGCGGAACACGAGCUCAAAAUUUAUCAUUACCAAUUGAAUUAUCAGCAGAAAAAAUACAAGAUUUUCAAGCUGCCUUUAGUAUUAUGGAUGCACAAUCAAAAGGUUUUGUAGCAGCUGAUGAUAUUAAUCAAGUAGCACAAGCUGCAGAUAUGACGCUAGUAGAGAAUGAAGCACAAUUAUUGCUUGGAUCAGCUGAUGAAGAUCAUUCCGGUGGAAUUGAUAUGAGAGAAUUUAUAUCAAUUAUGACUACGCCUAUUAAUCAACAGGAUUUAGAAGAAGAACUUCGUGCGACUUUUCGAGUUUUUGAUAAAGAUGGUAAUGGUACAAUUAAUGCAAAUGAAUUGAAACGAUUUGUUCGUUUAUAUGAUACUGAAUUAACAGAAGAUGAAGCUGAUGAUAUGAUUAGUCAAGCUGAUCCAAAUAAAACCGGUUCAAUUAAUUAUGAUGAUUUCAUACAAUUUCUUCUUCAUACAUAA